AACCUUACCUCUGGCUUUGGGAAGAAAAGAGUACAAAUGGUUCUCACCAGAUAGGGUUGCAGCAGCUCUCCCAGCAUUUUGGGAACAAAUCAAGUCUUUAUCUCAACAAUAUCAAAACUGUGUUCCCAGAUCAGUUGUUUGAAACAUUUGGGACUGUCAGGGAGGAGAAGAAUUAAUUAGCAGUUCACUCUCUUGGUGUUCUUUUUCAGCCUUCUCAAAUUGCAGCACCAGAGUCCCUUAGACAUGCUGGCUGCUCAUUUGAUAAUCUGUGUUUUGCUCGGUAUAAAGGUUGCUGGCUAAAUUUUGUGAGUCCCUCUAACGUGAGGCUGACAGUGUCUUGGGUUCAAUGAACAAGAAAAUUUACUGUAACAUUUUGUCAAUGGGGAAGGACUUGAAUUCACAGAACGGUCUUGGAAAGCCCUGGGUUAAAUGUGUUUGGAAACUUGAUGCAUAAAAUUUGCAUGACUCCUCACUCCUUUUUGGAUCUGUCAUUGGAUUCAAUCCAACAUGGCUCACACCACAAAGGUCAACGGCAGUGCCUCAGAAAAAGCAGAUGAUGUUCUGAAUGGAGACCAUGACAAGGAACAGAAAGACCCUUAUUUUGUGGAGACCCCCUACGGUUAUCAACUAGACUUAGAUUUCCUCAAAUACGUGGAUGACAUACAGAAGGGAAACACCAUCAAGAAACUAAACAUCCAGAAGAGGCGGAAGCCAUCUGUGCCAUGCUCAGAACCCAGGGCCACACCUGGUCAGCAAGGUGUGUGGACUUCCACCGAAUCCCUCUCUUCCUCCAACAGUGAUGACAACAAGCAGUGCCCCAGCUUCCUCCUAGCCAGAAGCCAAGUUACAUCAACGCCAAUCCCAAGGCCACCUGCCCCUCUGGAGACUUCACCCACUUUUCUUACCAUCCCAGAGAAUCGACAGCUGCCACCUGCCUCGCCCCAACUCCCAAAGCACAACCUUCAUGUCACCAAGACACUGAUGGAGACCCGGAGAAGACUCGAACAGGAGAAAGUCACCAUGCAGAUGACACCGGGUGAGUUCAGGAGGCCCAGGCUGGCCAGUUUUGGAGGCAUGGGCUCCACGAGCUCCCUCCCCUCCUUUAUGGGUUCUGGAAACCACAAUCCUGCCAUGCACCAGCUUCAGAAUGGCUACCAAGGUAAUGGGGAUUAUGGUGGCUAUGCCCCAGCCGCUGCCACCACUUCCUCCAUGGGGAGCUCCAUCCGCCAUAGCCCCCUGAGCUCAGGGAUCUCCACCCCUGUGACCAACGUGAGCCCCAUGCACCUGCAACACAUCCGUGAGCAGAUGGCCAUUGCCCUGAAACGCCUGAAGGAGCUUGAGGAGCAGGUGCGAACCAUCCCUGUGCUGCAGGUAAAGAUCUCUGUCUUGCAAGAGGAGAAAAGACAGUUGGCCUCACAGCUGAAAAACCAAAGGGCUGCAUCCCAGAACGAUGUCUGUGGUGUGAGGAAGCGGUCCUACAGUGCGGGGAAUGCCUCCCAGCUGGAACAGCUCUCCCGGACCCGGAGAAGUGGUGGGGAACUGUACAUUGACUAUGAGGAGGAAGAGAUGGAGAGUGUAGAACAGAGCACACAGAGGAUAAAGGAGUUCCGGCAGCUCACAGCAGACAUGCAGGCCCUGGAGCAAAAGAUCCAAGACAGCAGCUGUGAGGCCUCGUCGGCGCUCAGGGAGAACGGAGAGUGCCGGUCUGUGGCGGUGGGUGCUGAGGAGAACAUGAACGACAUCGUCGUGUACCACCGAGGCUCCAGGUCCUAUAAGGAUGCAACUGUAGGGACAGUUAUAGAGACGAGGAACUCUGCAGUCAGUGUAACAGAGGCCAUGCUUGGAGUGACUACUGAAGCAGACAAAGAAAUUGAGCUGCAACAGCAGACCAUAGAAGCCUUAAAGGAAAAGAUCUACCGCCUGGAAGUGCAGCUUAAGGAAACCACCCACGACCGGGAGAUGACAAAACUAAAGCAAGAACUGCAGGCUGCUGGAUCGAGGAAGAAAGUUGACAAAGCCAUCAUGGCCCAGCCGCUUGUUUUCAGCAAGAUGGUGGAAGCAGUGGUACAAACGAGAGACCAAAUGGUUGGCAGUCACGUGGACCUGGUGGACACGUGUGUCGGGACCUCUGUGCAGACAAAUAGUGUAGGCAUCUCCUGCCAACCCGAGUGUAAGAAUAAAGUCGUGGGGCCUGAGCUGCCCAUGAAUUGGUGGAUUGUUAAGGAGAGGGUGGAAAUGCGUGACCGAUGUACUGGGAGGUCUGUGGUGACAUGUGACAAGAGUGUGGGUGUGGAAGUCAGCGUCUGUGAAACAGGCAGCAACACAGAGGAGUCUGUGAAUGACCUGACGCUCCUCAAGACAAACUUGAAUCUCAAAGAAGUGCGAUCCAUUGGUUGUGGAGAUUGUUCUGUGGAUGUGACUGUCUGCCCUCCAAAGGAGUUCACCUCCCGGAGCAUGAACACCGAGGCUGUUGGCCAGGUGGAAGCUGCCAUCAUGGCAGUGCCUCAUACCACAAACCAGCACACCAGCACGGUUUUGGAACAGGUGAACCAGUCCACCAACACCGAGAUGGCCACCCUCGUAGAAUCCUACACCAACACUUCCCUAAGCACUUUGGACAAGCAGACCAGUACUCAGACCGUGGAGACACGGACCGUGGCUGUAGGAGAAGGCCGCGUCAAGGAUGUCAACUCUUCCACCAAGACACGGUCCAUCGGUGUGGGAACAUUGCUUUCUGGCCAUUCUGGGUUUGACAAGCCAUCAGCUGUGAAGACCAAAGAGUCAGGAGUGGGGCAGAUAAGCAUUAAUGACAACUACCUGGUUGGUCUCAAAAUGAGGACCAUAGCUUGUGGGCCUCCACAGUUGACUGUGGGGCUGACAGCCAGCCGGAGGAGCGUGGGUGUUGGGGAUGAGCCUGUAGGGGAGUUCCUGGAGAGCCCCCAGCCCCAGGCUCCGUCUGGAAUGAUGACCGGCUUGGAUCACUAUAUAGAACGUGUCCAGAAGCUGCUGGCAGAACAGCAGACGCUGCUGGCCGAGAACUAUAGUGAACUGGCAGAAGCUUUUGGGGAGCCUCACUCACAGAUUGGCUCCCUCAACUCACAGCUCAUCAGCACCCUGUCCUCCAUUAAUUCUGUCAUGAAGUCUGCAAAUACUGAAGAGCUGAGGAACGCUGACUUUCAGAAAAGCAGUCUAGGUAAAAUCACAGGAAAUAAUUUGGAACAUACCUGUAAGUGUGGAGAACCCCAGUCAGGAGGACUGUUAAGCAUCCAGAUAUCUCAGCCUGAGCAAGAGGUGGAGACUUCAGAAGGAAAGCCCAUUGGCAGCCAGGACACCUUCCCCACUCAGGAAACUAUGCUGUCUCCUGUGAACCUGACAGACGACCAAAUCGCCGCUGGCCUUUAUGUGUGUACAAAUAAUGAAAGUACGUUGAAGUCCAUCAUGAAGAAGAAAGAUGGUAACAAAGAUUCAAAUGGUGCAAAAAAGAAUCUUCAGUUUGUCGGCAUCAAUGGAGGGUAUGAAACAACUUCAAGUGAUGAUUCCAGCUCAGAUGAAAGCUCUUCUUCCGAGUCAGAUGACGAGUGUGAUGUCAUUGAUUAUCCUCCUGAAGAAGAGGAGGAGGAAGAGGAGGAUGAAGACACUCGGGGAAUGGCAGAAGGGCACCAUGCAAUUAAUAUUGAAGGUUUCAAGUCUGCCAGGGUGGAAGAUGAAAUACAGGUUCAAGAAUGUGAACCUGAGAAGGUGGAAAUCAGAGAGAGGUAUGAAUUAAGUGAAAAGAUGUUGUCUGCAUGCAACUUACUGAAAAACAAUAUAAAUGACCCCAAAGCUUUGACCAGCAAAGAUAUGAGGUUCUGUCUGAACACCCUGCAGCAUGAGUGGUUCCGCGUGUCCAGUCAGAAGUCAGCCAUUCCAGCCAUGGUGGGGGACUAUAUAGCUGCUUUUGAGGCCAUCUCCCCUGAUGUCCUCCGCUACGUCAUCAACAUGGCUGAUGGCAACGGCAACACAGCCCUCCAUUACAGUGUGUCCCACUCCAACUUUGAGAUUGUGAAGCUGCUUUUGGACGCUGAUGUGUGCAACGUGGAUCACCAGAACAAGGCAGGGUACACCCCCAUCAUGCUGGCAGCUCUUGCCGCCGUGGAGGCCGAGAAGGACAUGCGUGUGGUAGAAGAACUCUUCGCCUGUGGGGAUGUGAAUGCCAAAGCCAGUCAGGCAGGACAGACGGCCCUCAUGCUGGCAGUCAGUCAUGGGCGGAUAGACAUGGUGAAAGGCCUGCUGGCUUGUGGGGCCGACGUCAACAUCCAGGACGAUGAGGGCUCCACAGCCCUUAUGUGUGCCAGCGAGCAUGGGCAUGUAGAGAUCGUCAAGCUGCUACUGGCCCAAUCCGGCUGCAACGGCCACCUGGAAGACAACGAUGGCAGCACCGCGCUCUCCAUCGCCUUGGAAGCAGGACACAAGGACAUCGCGGUUCUUCUGUAUGCCCAUGUCAACUUCGCAAAAGCCCAGUCUCCGGGUACUCCUAGGCUUGGAAGGAAGACGUCUCCAGGUCCCACCCACCGAGGUUCAUUUGAUUGACUGUAUGCAAAUAGCCCUCCAUUGACAUGCCGCCAUUAAGCUGCUAAUUGUUCCUGUUGGGUGACAUACUGAAUGUAUACAUGUUGUGCCUGAGCUCACCAGCAAACAGAAGCGUAAAGCCCAGGGCUAAAGGCUGAAGCUUUCACAGUGCAGAGACUGCCAACCAGGCCACCACGCCUCCUUCCUGGCCACCUUCUGUCUGUGUGGGGCACACUUUGACCCACCUCUGUUGCUGUUGAGUCUCUGCUCCGUUAUGUACAGUUGUAGGAAAUGGUGACCUGACCUGAACGGCACAUUCUGUUCUUGCUCUCUGCUCCCACCAACCGAAAGAGGCAUCAGUUCCUCAUCCAGCGGCAUCAGGUUUUAAAAUUCUUCCACAAAUAUUGAUAUUUACUGCAUGUGGAACCAUCAGAAAACGCUUCUAGAAUUCCAUUCCAGGACAAUUUUGCUGAUUUUUAUUUUGUCCUUAUUAUUUUAAAGUAAGGAAGUUGAGAUGACUUUGAUCAUCAUCAACCUGGACCCGGGCUGGUGGUUUCUGGUUUAAAAAUAAAAGAUGGAACUCUCAAAAAAGUAUAAAAGAAAAAUAUUUUCAUUUGAUUUUAUCUGAUUUAUCUGGAUGUAUUAUAUGACUUUUUAUUAAAAAAGGAUCUAUAUGAAAUUGACACAGUAUUUUCAACUUUUAUAUUCCAUAGUCAUUACAGACAUGAAGAACUACAUGUAACAUGACCAUAUUUUUAUUGAUAACUGCACAACCCUGUCUGUAUCUAACGGUAAAGGUGAAUCAUGUUAGAGGAACUGGCUAUGUAUUUGCCUCUAGAGAAACCUAGUGUAGUUCUUUGUAUUUAUGGAUUCCUUUAUACCAUGUCACAUUUACUUUGGUACUAUAUGUAUUUAAGUGUUUGAAGUGCCUUAGACUCUUGCCAUAUUUCCAAAAUAAAAUUUCAUUAAGCUCU